AUGAAGGUAGGUAGAGGCACGGCCGCGCUGUCACUCGGCUCCUCUUCCUCGUUUCUCAGUGCGACACUUGCACAGAUCGUUUGGCGGUACGUGCUGACGACGCUGCUCUUCCUUGGCAACAUUCUGCUGUUCGCCAUGAAGGCGAACCUGAGCGUGGCGAUCAUCGCCAUGGUCAACCAGACGGCCAUCACCAAUCAAUCAGGUAACUCAGCCACAGAGGACUUCAGCCUCUGUCACGCCGACGAUGACGUUAGAACGGACUCGCAGACACAGGAAACGGUGAGUCGUGCGCUGUUCCUUCCUAUGAAGCCCACGCACCUUGCCGUUUAA